AUGUCAAGCGUUCCAGAAGAUAUUUACAUCCAAAUCUUGUUAAGAUUACCGGUGAAAUCAACUUGUGUUUGUAAAUGUGUUUGCAAGACUUGGCUUUCACUAAUUUCUGAUCCUGUUUUUGUUAAACUGCAUCUUGAUUUUACUCCUCAUAGAAACAUCUCUAACAAUCUCAUCCUUGGAGGUUAUGAUAACCGCAGCAGACACUCUAUCUAUUCUAUAAGUUGCGAUUCGUUAGAACCAUCUGUGUGGGAGAAGAAUGAAUUCACUGUAUCUGAAAUGUGUUACCCUUAUUUAUCCUUAGGUAGGUCAGGUUAUGCAGUUCAAUUUGUAGGUUGUUCUAAUGGCCUGGUUUGCCUUAUGUUCUUCGACAUUCUUGACCCUAAAGAUAACCAAGACUGUGCUAGUGUUGGCCGUGAAAAAUACUUUUUUUGUCUUUGGAAUCCAGCCACCCACGAAUAUAAGAAGAUAUUGCAGCCAACCAAAAAAGUUGAUUUCAACGAGACGAUGAUGUAUGCUUUCGGCUAUGAUCGCAAGACCAAUGAUUACAAAUUGGUGUUCGGUGCUGCAAAAUCUACAGGCAUCUUGGAAGAGUGCCUAUGUGUACUCCGUGUAUUCACAGUUAAUGAACAUCGUGCUGACAAUGAUCCUGCUCAUAUUGAAGUAUGGAAAUAUCGCCAAGCGUUGUCCCUUUUGAAGUUUAUAUUCUCUUCUAAGAAUGGUCAGAUUCUAUUAGCGGGGCAGGGUAAGCUGGUUUUGUAUGACCCAAAACAUGGAACUGCUAUUGGACGAGAAAUGGGCAGUGUUUUGCGUUUUAGUUCAGAAGAGAAUUAUUUUGAAAGCUUGGUUUCAGUUAACUCUGGUACUUAUGCGAGGAAAGGAGAAAUAGAGGAAUCAAUUGAAGCAAAAGAAGCAUAA